AAACGCGCCAUCAGUGCCAUCACUGGCCGCCACAUUUAAGAACUAACGCUGGGUGCAUGUCCCCACUAAAGUCGUCCUACGUCUGAAUUCUGAAUUCCUUGACAGAGAUCAGGAAGCAGCAGCACCAAACGGAACAACUAACCUUCGACGCAAAAAAUAAUUUUCGUAUUUGCUCGUUAGAGCAAAUUUCAAUAGUAUAAAAAAAGAUUUCAGUAUAUUUUUUCGAUUUCAUUAUCCUAGCAAUUUGACAAUAAAACAUUCACGCUUGAGAGAAUUUAUAAUAAAAAGAAUAAAUCGUCGAGGUUAGAAAAAUCUCCCCUUUUUUCUAGGCAACGAAAAAAAACAUGAGUUUCUCCUUCGAUAAUUCUAAAACACAAGCCGGUGGUAACUCAGCUUCGAGUACACCUGGAUUUACCGCUGGAACGACAGGAGCUGGUGAUACAGGAAAAGUACUGUCAUCAGGAUUUUUGAUGAGUACAAUGCAAAACCAAGUCAAGCCAAGUGGUGUCUUUGGUUCAGCGCUUAGUGGUAUACCCAGUUCAACAUUUGGUACGUUAGAGACCCCAAAUACCGGUCUUAACCUGAGUGGAACGUUGACUAGUGCACCACCAACAGGAUUAUCAUUCGCAUCAACAUCAGCCAUACCAAGUAGUUUGAAUUCUGGAAUUGGAGGUGGAGCAACAGUAGCUUCUGGUUUCGGAGCUACAACCUUUGGUACUGGAGGACUUGGAACGUCUACCACAACUUCAACAGCGGGUAGCUUGAACUUUGGGAUUCCGAAACCUGCAGUGGGAACAUCUGACUUUUCUCUUGGCACUUCUACGGUAGCCACUGCAGUAUCAACAGCACCUAAAUCAAGCUUUGGUACACCAGUAUCAGCAAGCACAGUAUUCACCCCGAGUAAUGCAACAACCGCCCCUGCUACGGCAGCUUCUAUCGCUACAACAGGCGCAGGAUUCACGAUCACAGACACUACUACUUCAAUUCCACAACCUGCAAUUUCACUGGGAAAUAUAGCUCCUUCUUCAGGAUUCAGUCUCAUUCCAAGCACAGCCUCGACCUCUCUUAACUUGACAUUUGGCCAACCAACAGUCGCUUCUGCAACAACCACAGCCCCGACUGGAUUUUCUUUGAACGCUGUGACAACUGCACCUUCUACAGGGUUGAGUCUGGGAAGCAGCGUCGCUUCUACCAAUUCUACGAGUUUUACUCUUAAUAAAACUUCUGCCAAUCAAGGAUCUGCUACCACUAUUACAACCAACCCUACACCACAAACUACCCUUGGCACAAUUACGACUGUUAGUUCAUCGAACAUCACACAGACUGGAACAACGAAUUUUUGUCAAUUGGAAGAGUCAAUAAACAAAUGGACCCUUGAACUCGAAGAACAAGAAAAGGCGUUCGUCAAUCAAGCAACACAGGUCAACACUUGGGAUAAAUUACUAAUUGUGAAUGGCGAAAAAAUUACCGCUCUCAAUCAGGAAGUUGAGAGAGUUAAAUUAGAACAGCAACAACUUGAACACGAGCUCGACUAUGUGGUUGGACAACAAAAAGAGUUACAAGAUUGUCUGGCCCCUCUUGAGAAAGAAUUGGCUUCACUGUCGGUGGCUGAUCCCGAGCGCGAUUACACGUAUCGCUUGGCCGAAAAUUUGGAUAAACAGUUGAAACAAAUGUCUCAGGACCUUAAGGAAAUAAUCGAACAUCUUAACGAGGCAAAUCGAUCGCAAGAUUCGAGUGAUCCGAUUGUACAAAUAGGAAAAAUUUUGAAUGCCCAUAUGAAUAGUCUUCAGUGGCUCGAUCAAAAAACUACUGUAAUUGGCCAUAAAAUACAACAAAUCGAUCAGAUGCACACAAAUUUCCGUCAAGAAAAUGAAAGGAGCUUCAAUCUUGCUUACAACUGAUUAAAUAUAAUAUUCAUUAGUUUUUUAACCGUGAAUCUGUUAUGUAUAUUUGUAAUUUUCCCAAGGUUAAAUGAAUAUGUAACUCAGAAAUAACGUACAUUCUCCAGUGUUUAAAAAAUAACUCAUUUACGUAAAAAGUGGAAAUUUUUCAGUCUCGAAGCAAAAAAGUAAAGAUUUCAGAAAAUAUAUGAAUUUGAGCAAACAAA